AUGUUGCCCUCAUCAGUUUCUCUCAUGGACGACCUCACACAGCCAGUGCAUGUGCCACAAAACUACUUGAAACCCAGCAUGGAAGAUCAACUUCCUUUUGGAGCUCCUUCCUCGCAGGGUUUCUUGCAAGAUUUUCAUCAGUUUCAUGUGAAUGGCUCCUCAUCAUCUAAUCCCGUUUUCGGGGUACAAACUCAUCCAAAUUUUGAUCCAUUUGAUCAUAAUGUUACAUGUGAGUAUGCGCCUCCUGAUUUUGAUGUUUAUGAGAGCAAGCCUUUUGCUGAAAGUGAUGGUAGAGGGCAUGCUCAUCUUAUGGACAAUUUCCAACAUGUAGGUUAUAGUUUGAAUCUCCCUCGGACAAAUCAAUUGGAUGUCAUGGUCGCAAACCAAACUUAUCUGCCCUUCAAUGCUCUAGAAACCAAGCCUUUGAAUUUUGUUGUACCAGAUGAAGUCUCAUGCAUAUCGCCACCAAAUUAUUACAAGAGAAUUGGCUUCAAUAAGAAUAUCAGGGAAUCUCCUAGAACUAGGAGAACAUUCAAAGCUCGGAAGAAGUCCAACAUAGUGAAGGGGCAAUGGACACCAGAUGAAGACAGAUUAUUGAUUCAACUGGUCGAACAAUUUGGAGUGAGGAAGUGGUCACAUAUAGCUCAGGCUUUGCCUGGAAGAAUAGGGAAACAAUGCAGGGAACGAUGGCAUAACCAUUUAAGGCCAGACAUUAAGAAGGACAUAUGGACUGAAGAAGAGGAUAAGAUACUGAUCGAAGCUCAUGCAGAGAUAGGAAAUAAGUGGGCAGAGAUUGCAAAAAGGUUGCCUGGAAGAACUGAGAACUCAAUCAAAAACCAUUGGAACGCGACCAAGAGAAGGCAAUAUUCCAAAAGAAAGUGUCGUUCAAAGUACCCAAGAGGCACUCUUCUUCAGGAAUACAUCAAGAGCUUGAACUUGGACCAAAAUCCACCAAUAGACUAUCGAAAAAAAUCUGCUAAAAAUACUAAAGCCAAGACAAACAAUAAUGGCAAAGCAGCAGCAGCUCAGUCUCAGUCUCAGUGUCCAGAUCAAUUUUGUCCCAAUGGCCAGUUAGUGGCAAAGUAUGAUUUUAACGAGGUCCCAGAUUUUUGUUUGGAUGAUAAUUUGUUUGAAGAGGGGUGUAGCAUUAAUUCUCUGCUAGAUGAUAUGCAUAGUGCUUCUACAAUGGAUGAGAAAGAUCUUGAUGAAAAAAUGCAAUGUGCUCCUACUAUGGAGGGAAAACAAUCUCAUCAGAGAGGAAUCAUGCAGUUCGCUCAUGUUGUUAAUGUUGACGAGCAUCAUGAAGUUAAGACAGAACUGGAUUUGGUGGAGAUGAUGUCCCACGUUAAUGAAAGCCAUUAUAGUACGGACUCAACACGUUGA